CGUAAAUAUGACGUACGCCCAGACUCACCAGCACCCCUUCAGCUGUGUAACCUCCCUUUUAAACUUACACAGAACCUAUCACCCGAGACUGCAUUCCAACGACAAUUCGUGCUCUAUUGGCAGGAUUUGGGUUUUUUGUAGCAAUUAGUCACUCGUAUGCUUCUCAAUUGAGCAUUAUUGACCGAGUUUGAGUUUAACCCCCCUCUGACCAAAGUAUUUCGUCUUCUGUACACUGUGCCGGAUUCGAUUCUGCGUUCCUUGUAAGAAGUGGUCAACAGCUACUGGCUUUGUCGCUCUGCCCGAUUCGCCUCUUACGUUUUCGCCAUCAGUUCGCCUGUAACGUCCGUCCUCUUGCGUAACUGUUGCCUCAGUCUUACCUAGACCUAAUUUAAAGUUGGGUUAAUAACGUACGUAGCGCUAGAACAACAGCUGCGUGGAUUUUACGAAAGGUCCAUUAACCGUCAUUGUCAUUGAUUGAUUUGGUGAACCACGGUUUGAUUACCCCGGCUAAAACGCGUACACAACGGUGCAAACAAAUUGUGUGUGUGUUUAGACGCGUCCGUUCUCUUGUCGUGUGAAUUCUGUGACUUCUUGUACACUGUUAAAAAGUAAUAUACGCAUUUGCGAACGCGAGGCACGUCCUCUUUCGUCUGUCUCGCGUGUCCUCAACCGCAUUCUAAUCUGCUCUGCGAACAUAUCUAUUUUGUCACACGUGUGGGUUUGUAGGAGAGAAACCUUUCCCUUCUGCUGUGAUUAUUAACGUUUCUAACAUCAUUGACGUUUGUUCAUCGUGUCGGUAUACCGAUUGAACGACGACGCCAUCCGUCUCCAUCACAUCACUAAAAAUGUCUGAAGCCUCUGCCUCAGCAAACGGAAAUCGAACAUCCGAUACCAGUGCCAACAACACUUCGAACCCCUCCACUGAUGCACUUAAUACGAUCGGUGGGCGGUCAGCCAACGGCUCGAUGUCCACGGUAAGCAAUGCUGCCGAGCAGCCAGUUCCGUCACAGCCCAAUAACAACUCGUCUGCUGGAGGGGAUUCUUCACAAACAAAGCAGCUAAACACUGCUCCGGAGUCUGCUCAGGUUGCUUCCAACGGGCUCACUACGGAUCAGCAACGGCAGCAGCAACAGCAACAACCCCGUCCUCCCGUUGGUGUAACCCCUUCGUUUGUUGGCUUUCUAAAACUUGAUUAUGAACCUAAUCCUUUUGAACAUUCUUUUGCAACCACGGCAGCUGGCCGACCACCAGCCCCAAAUGUUGCCCAGAACAUGCCAGCUGCCCAUGGAGCCAUCGGUGCCGGCUUUAACUCCCGUACAAUGCUCCCUCCCGUUUCCUCAAUCGCAUCUCCUGACAUCCUUAGUGCCGUAGCCGCUGGUUCGCCUUUCGGCUAUAACUCUUGGUCUCCAUUUGCACGUUCUAAUGUUCCUAAUCCCCUUUCUCCAGCAAUUUACGACUCGGCAUACCGUGCCGAUUAUAUGAACAACGGCGCUCAACCCAGUAUGGGCAAUCCCACCGCCCCUGUUGGUGUAGCAACGCCCUCUGGUGGCCCUAAUGUCCCUAAUCAACCUGAGAAUGCACCCAUGUUUCAGGCUAAUUCGAGGCUGCCGACGGGUCUUACACCUGGAGCUAACGAUUCAUUCCGCUCACUAUUGACACCCGGUGCUGGUGUCAAUUUCCCUGCUCCCUCUCCCGGUACCGCAGCUUUACUCGGCCUUCACCCAUCCGAGUCUCAGCAAUUCAAUGACCCUUCCACGAUGUACCGUUACGCUACUGCCAGGUCAAAGCUCGCAGCUGGUACUGCCGGCAUGCCUGAACAAACAGACUACUUUGGCACGAGUGCAGCAGCCAACGGUUUGUACCUCUUAUCGCAAGCACAAGAACAACAAAAGGCAAGGCGUGGCUCCAUGGCGGAGAAUCCACGUCAGCCAAUCUCAUCCACAGACGCCGCUGCCAUCUUAAACCAAGCGCAAUCGCAGAUGAAUAACGGAAACACUAUGAUGGAUGCCCCUCGGCUACAAGCUCAGCAGCAACAGCAGCAACAGCAGCCAUCACAAUCUAUGCCGUACUAUAAUGUCAACGGUAAUACGAAUGCGAGACGGUCAUCUAUACAAGCUAAUACAGCCGCCGGCCAACAACCGUCACAGCAGGCAUCCAAUAUAACCGGUAUUCCUUCUGGUGCCCGGGCUAAUGAGGCACCAGUGACCAUCGAUCCCAGUGCGACUUCACUUAACCGACCAGUUAACACAGCUCCUGCACCAAAGCAGGAACCAUCCGAGGUUAAUGGUCUGCAAAGUCAGCAGACUGUAGUGUCUCCGGAGUCAGGAAGCCAUUCGCCUGAAUCUCAGUCGAAGACGCUCACGAGCUCGUCGCAAAACGGGGGUAGUGCUAAUGGAAAAGGAUCUAGUCGUCGCGGCGCUAAGUAUGAGACGGAUGAAGAUAAACGUCGUAGCUUUUUGGAGCGCAAUCGACAGGCUGCGUUGAAAUGUCGCCAGCGCAAAAAGCAAUGGUUGUCUAACCUUCAAGCGAAGGUGGAAUUUUAUGGUAACGAAAACGAAAUUCUCAGUGCACAGGUGACUGCACUGCGGGAGGAAAUUGUCAGUUUGAAGACGCUUUUAAUUGCGCACAAAGAUUGUCCUGUUGCACAAAGUAACUCUGUGGCCGUGGCCAAUUCCGCUGCUGCUCCCACAAUGACAAAUCGUGAUGCGCAGCGGAUAAACUUGGGCUUUUAGGUCUUGUUCUUGUAUCAAUGUCGCUUACAUUGAGCUUGUGUUUGUUUGUUAUGUAUGUGCUAGAUUUAUUCUUGUUUCGUGUUUGUCGUUUUAGCAUGAGUUAUGAAUUUACCCUAACGAUAUGUUUUCUUUUUGAUUAGAGUAUAUAAGCAAGUUGUUUAAGCUACGGAAUAUGGGAGGUGACGUUUUGUGUUGGG